AUGGAAGACGACGGGAUAUACUACGACUAUCAAUCCCGAUGGCCGCCUAGCACCCUCCUCCGCAUCACCAGCCUUCCCCCGCACAGCAUGAACCACCCGUCCUUCCUCGAGUCCAUGCCCCCGCCCCCUCAGCCACCCUUUGCUAGCCCUAUCCCACCAUUCGUGAGGUCCCCAGGCCCCGUCAUCGCCGGCCACAUCUGGCCCAUCAACUUCCCCGACGCCAAUCUCGUGCUCACGGUCGACCGCCGCCGCUUCGCCGUGCACCGCAGCGUGCUCGAGAUCCAGUCCCCCGAGUUCCUUCGCGGGGCGUACCGCGGACCCGACGGGCGCGAACAUGUCAAUUUGCGGCACGUAUCUAGCAGGAGCGUGCGAAACUUUCUCAUGGCGGUAUACUACCCUAACUUCUUCCCCGCUCCCUUCGCGGACGUCCCGCUCGUCACGAUUGGUGACGUCCUUCUCGUCGCCACUCGAUACCGCGUUUAUGCUCUGCGCGCACGCGCCCUUGCGCACCUCCAGGCUCUCACUUUACAUUGCAUCGUCCCGCCGUCAUCCACCCUCGCCCGCGCAGGCAUCAGCGGCAACACCGCGCUCGUGAAGGCCCUCGUCGAGCUCGCCGAGCAGGCAAACGCUCUCUGGCUCCUACCGCUACUCCUCUACUACCUAUCGUGUAUCCCCCUCAAGCGCCUGGCCGCACCGGAGACUUACGAGGGCGUGCUGUACGAGCUUUCCUCCGAAACACGCCUCCGGAUCGCAGAAGGCUUUCGCCGCUCGCGAGAUCCCGAUUAUACAUCCCUUACCGCACUCAAGAGCAUGAGAUGCUGGCGCCCGUGGUGCCGCCGUGCGCGGAAAACAUUCCUUCAAGCUAAGGUGACUUCUCAUUUCUACUUGGACCCACUCCGGCACGCAAUGGUAUGGGGCGCAAUGAUCAACGUCGGGGAGGCCCCAGUGAAGGGGAUGUGCUCCCAAUGCUGCGCGAUUCUGCAGAAGAACUUGUCCGACUUUGAGCUCUCGUUCAUUCGCUCGAUUCCGGGUAAUUUUGGGCUUCCGACUUUGGAGGACUUGGAGGAAUGGAGAAAGGCUGAUCUGGGCGUACAUUACUCUGCGGGUGAAGGUUUACGUGCUCAAGCAAUGGACGCGGUUCACUUCCUCAAGGCCAUGUAUAUACCCAACUACUUUAUGCCACCUCCCGCGCAGACGAGAUUCAAUGUUCUAGAAGGCAUCCUCCGCUUGGCGCACAAAUACGACGCGCCCGCCAUGCGCUGUCGCGCCCUACGCCAUCUAGAGUCAGCCUUCGUGACCAACCUGGCUGAAAUGGAUUACCCGCCAAAUCGUACCUAUCCUCUCGUACCGAAUGACGGCCCACAGGAGAUCAAGGCCGUCAUACGCCUCGUACGCGAUGUCCAAGCGACUUGGCUUCUUCCAACCGCUUUUUAUACCGCUCUUCAGUACCCCGCGUCGUCUCUGCUCAGCAAGGAAGUCUGGCUCGGACUGGAGCGCUCGUUAUCACACGAAGACAUCGCUGCAUGCUUCGCCGGCUGCGAAGCCCUGCGCAAGGAGUUCCCUCACGUCGCCUUCUUCUCCCCGAACCUGGGCUGCGCUUCAGAAGGAUGCAUCAAGGCGCGACUGGCAUCCUGUUCCGCGGAAGACCGCGUUCGCUUCGUGCAGCACCCUCUCACGUACUUCACGCAGUGGGUGGACUCGGACGACGGUCUGGAGGAGAUGUGCUGGAAGUGUAUGGACUCAAUGCGUGCUAAUUACCACGUUUGGCUGCGUGACGUCUGGCGGCGUUUGCCAUCGUUUUUCAACUUACCGGACUGGUCGGCUCUUGCAAGAGUGAGGAAGUUGGAUCUGACGGAAGCUACCAGCCGGAAGAGGCAGGAUCUCGAAGCCGGUGCAAACGAGAUAGCUAUGGCACACUGA